AUGGCAACUGAUCGGCCCGAUACCUUUGGCGUCAUGAAUGAAUCCACGACGACAAGCAGAAGCCCGGAUUCUUCGCGUCCGACGCCGACCAAGCGGAAUCUGGCCUGCGAGCGCUGCUGGAAACGCAAGCAAAAGUGUGAUCGAUUGCUCCCUGCUUGUACCGCGUGUGCGGACCUUGGCGUCGAGUGUGUGGCCCGUUCCCAGCAGGUCGACUUGACAGCUGAGGAUGCAGGUUUGACACAUGCCAAGAUCAAUGGGUACAUUGAAUGUCUGCAAGGUCGUAUCGCCGAGCUUGAGCGCCAUGUUCAGGCGUCAGAGAGUAGGCGAGCUCGAGCCACACGACGUCCUUCCGGAGCAGCACAUACUCUCCUACCGCAUGAUGGGGGAAGCCAUCGAUCCAAUCUUCUCUCUAUGCCAUCGGUCCACACGACGGGGCCGGCUCAGGGACCGAGUGAGGAGGACUCGUCCGUUCAGGAUACCAUGAGUGCCAUUGGGCUUUUGUCUAACAAGGCCAUGGCCGAGCCUAGAGUAUACUCUGGUGAUGUGCUUAACAAGCUUGCCAUGCCAGAAGUCGUCUCGGCGGCUUUGGCUGUGGAUGGACACAAUCCCUCCAGGGCUUCAUCCUCUCAGCCAGCUUUUGUCAUGGAAGAUCAUCUCAUCUCUCUGGACCGACAUUCUACCAGAGCAUAUAUCAGCCAAUUCCUAAAAUGGAGUGUCUUCCUGCCACAUAUCGACGAGGAUCGUCUAAUGGAGCAAUAUGAGGCGGUAAUAGCCCUCGAAGGCCAGGUUGCACGUGCUGGUGGACUACCUCACUUCAACACGUAUCUUGCGAUAUCCAUCGGCAUCAUGAUGUCUGCUGAGGCAACAAGACUUUCAACCCUAGCACUGAGUCUACAUGCUGCCGCUGUCAAGUUGUUGCCGCGUAUCUUUCGAUCACAGGAACCACUCGACGCAUUGCAUUCGGCAGUGGUCUACGUGUGCCUUGCCCAACGGGCUUCAGGUAUGAAUCAGCAGGGCCUGACGCAGAUAUUCGAGGUGGUUAGCAAAGCAUCGAUUGUGCUCACGCAGUAUUCGUCACGGUUCUCUGCUCUGGGAACGUUUCAGCAGUUUCUAUUGACGCUUUCAACCAAGAUGAUGGCAGGCCUGGAUCAGUCUCACCAAGUCUAUCAGGACACAAUACCGACAAGUCUCCCUGGGCAUCUGCGCCGGUUCAUCCAACGCCACUACUCGGGGGAGGCCCGUGCUUCCUGA